AUGGCCCCGGCCGUUCCCCUCUGCCGGGCGGGGCCGCCCCGUCCCCGGCCCUGGGCGGCCCGGCGCGGUCCCGCCCUCGCCCGGCUCCCGGCGCGCCGGCUGUGGCGCUGCUGGGCGCUCCUGUGGGGCGGGCUGUGGGGCGGGCUGUGGGGCGGGUUUUGGGGCGGGCUAUGGGGCGGGUUUUGGGAUGGGCUGUGGGACGGGCUGUGGGACGGGUUUUGGGACGGGCUGUGGGAUGGGCUGAGGGGCGGGCUGAGGGGCGGGCUGAGGGACGGGCUGUGGGGCGGGUUUUGGGGCGGGCUGUGGGACGGGCUGUGGGAUGGGCUGAGGGGCGGGCUGAGGGGCGGGCUGAGGGACGGGCUGUGGGGCGGGUUUUGGGGCGGGCUGUGGGGCGGGUUUUGGGGCGGGCUGUGGGGCGGGCUGUGGGACGGGCUGUGGGACGGGCUGUGGGGCGGGCUCGGCCUCGCCGCCCCUUGGCUCCGCCCGGCUCGAGCCCGGCGCCUGCCGGGGCCGGCGGGGGACGCGGGCGCCGCGGCCGCUGCCGCCUCCUCGGCGGGUUCCCCGGGCAGAGCUCCGCCGCCGCUGCCCGCUGCGGGUGGGGAAGCCCGGCCCGGGCCGCUCGAGGGGCGCUCGGGGGCCGUGCCGGGCCCCGGCCCGAACGCUGACGGCCACGUCUCGCCCGCGCGGAAGGCGAAGGGGCCCCUGCAGAAGCGCUACCGGCUGGGUUCGCUGCUGGGCAGCGGCGGCUUCGGCCGCGUCUACGCGGGGACCCGCCUGGCGGACGGAGCCCCGGUGGCCAUCAAAGCCGUGCCCCGGGAUCUCAUCCGGCGCUGGGGCGAGCUGCCCGACGGCACCCUGGCACCCCUGGAGAUCGUGCUGCUGGACAAGGUGUCCAAUGGCUUUCGUGGUGUCAUCCAGCUCCUGGAGUGGUUCGAGCUCCCCAACAGUUUCUUGUUGGUGAUGGAGCGUCCGGAGCGCUCUCGGGACCUCUCUCGGGUAAUCACGGCGUGGAGGUUCCUGCCGGAGGAGAUGGCGUGGGGGCUGUUCCGCCAGGUGCUGAAGGCCGUGCGGCACUGCACCAGCUGCGGCGUCCUGCACCGGGACAUCAAGCCCCAGAACAUCCUCCUCCACCUGGCCACCGGCGAGGCGAAGCUCCUUGACUUUGGAUGUGCCACCUUCCUUCAGGACACGGUCUACACCCAGUUUGCAGGAACACCGUCAUACAGCCCGCCAGAGUGGAUCUGCUUCAAACGCUACCGCGGCGAGGCAGCCACGAUCUGGUCCCUGGGCAUCCUGCUCUACCAGAUGGUCUGCGGGAAGCACCCGUUCUGCAGAGGCACCAACACCAUCUGGGACCAGCUCCCGUUCCCACCACGGGUCUCUCGAGGGUGCCAGCACCUUAUCAGGUGGUGUUUGUCCAUCCGCCCCUCGGACAGGCCAUCAUUGGAAGACCUAUUGUGCCAUCCUUGGGUGCAGGGCAUUCACCUGCUCUAGAAGAUGGGAGAGAUCCAUGUACUCACUUUGAUCCAGGGGCCUGGCAGCUGGGCCCUCGGCAGAACACUGACAGCCUGGUCUGGCCCCCAGGGAAGGAGAAGGGGCCUCUGGAGAAGCUGUGCCGGGUGGGGCUGCUGCUGGAGACAUCGAGGACGACGUCAGGGAUGACAAGCUCUUUGUUGUUGACCUGGACACCGGCGAGCUGAAGAUGAUGGACUUUGAUUCUGGCCCCUUCCUCCAAGCCGUGCUCCACACGCCGUUUGCAGAUGAGUCCACACCCAGGGGGUGCUCCCGGGCAUUGCUCAGCCUGGCUGGGCACCGAAGGUUCCCCCUUUGCUGGCGGGGAACCCGAUGAAUUCUUCAGCCGGCUGCCAAGCUGCUUCUUGGCAGGAGGGUGGGCUGGGCUCUGGGCUGGGUGUGAAAUGG